CUGUAAAGCAGCCCCACCCCGCCCCUGCCCCCUCCCCUAACAGCAGCCCCUCUCCUGCCCCUCACCCCCCAGCGCCCGUGGGGGUUCCUCCAGCUGGGGCUCUGGUGACAACAUCUACAUUUCACACAAGUGUCCCUAAAAAGGGGGGAUAAAAGCACGACCCAGUAGCACUCUGGGGGAAAGCCCCUUUCCCACCAUGUCUCCCGAGUCAGGGAUCUGGGGGUCUGGCCCGGACCCUCUCCCUCCUGAGGACGCCCUGCCUUCUGAGGAACCUGAGUGGAGGGAAGAAGAAGACACCUCCACCAUGGCCUCUCCACCCUGUGGGCCCUCAGAAGAUGAGGAGAGUGUGAUGGCGUGUGAGCUGUAUGUUCAGAAGCACUGCAUCCAGCAGGUGCUCAAAGACUGCAUCAUGCAUCUCUGCAUCUGUAAGCCCGACCGCCCCAUGAAGUUCCUCCGGGAGCACUUUGAGAAGCUGGAGAAGGAAGAAAGCAGACAGAUUUUGGCCCAGCAGAAGUCAAACUCGCAGUCCGACUCCCACGACGAGGAGGUUUCGCCCACCCCUCCGAACCCUGUGGUGAAGGCCCGGCGCCGGCGCGGGGGCGUGAGUGCCGAGGUGUACACAGAGGAGGACGCGGCCUCCUACGUCAGGAAGGUGAUUCCCAAGGACUAUAAGACCAUGACUGCGCUGGCCAAAGCCAUCUCCAAGAACGUGCUCUUCGCUCACCUCGACGACAACGAGAGAAGUGACAUCUUCGACGCCAUGUUCCCCGUCACGCACAUCGCCGGGGAGACCGUCAUCCAGCAAGGGAACGAAGGGGAUAAUUUCUACGUGAUUGACCAAGGAGAGGUGGAUGUGUACGUGAACGGAGACUGGGUGACCAGCAUUAGUGAGGGAGGCAGUUUCGGGGAGCUGGCGCUCAUCUACGGCACCCCCAGGGCCGCGACAGUGAAAGCCAAGACAGAUCUCAAGCUCUGGGGCAUCGACCGCGACAGCUACCGGCGCAUCCUCAUGGGCAGCACGCUGAGAAAACGCAAGAUGUACGAAGAGUUCCUGAGCAAGGUCUCCAUCCUAGAGUCCCUGGAGAAGUGGGAGCGCCUGACUGUGGCUGACGCACUGGAGCCCGUCCAGUUUGAAGACGGGGAGAAGAUUGUCGUCCAGGGGGAACCGGGAGACGACUUCUUCAUCAUCACAGAGGGCACCGCGUCCGUCCUGCAGCGCCGGUCCCCGGACGAGGAGUACGUGGAGGUGGGGCGUCUGGGGCCCUCCGACUACUUUGGGGAGAUCGCCCUGCUGCUGAACCGGCCGCGUGCGGCCACGGUCGUGGCCCGGGGGCCCCUCAAGUGCGUCAAGCUGGACCGGCCCCGCUUCGAGCGCGUGCUGGGCCCCUGCUCCGAGAUCCUGAAGAGGAACAUCCAGCGCUACAACAGCUUCAUCUCCCUCACCGUCUGAGCCGCCCACCGCGCCGGUGUGGUGGCCGUGUGUGCUUGUCUGUGUCCGGAGGUGGCGGCCAGGUGGGGCUGGCGUCCGGCCGCAUAGGGGCUGCCCCUUCCCCGGACUCACUGUUCAGAAUAAACAAUCACCUCGUGCAUUUCAAAAACAAAGGGCAAGCGAGCCAAAAUCACCCAAGACCAAGGACACGGGAGGCCAAGCUCCUUCCCGCGUGUCCCCUCGUCGGCCUCCGUGGGCGUGUCUCAGUAACCCCCAUCCCUCCGACGGUCACCUGGCGGCCCUUGUAGCUCCUCCCCAGAACCUGCCAGGACGUUGGCCCCAGGGCCCCCAGACCCUAGAAUGUCCAAGAGUGGGAUAGAUCGUGUCAAAUGGGGCUGUCCCCAGAGGGUCACAGGCUGACAGCGAGAAGCUGAGGCUGAAGAGAGAGGGCUGCGCGUUCCGCUCCCGCCACCACAUGCCUGCCUGCCAGGGGCCUGGGGGGAACGCCGGGUGAGGAGAGUCUCUGGUUCUAACAGGAUGCCUAGGCUGGAGGGGGUCGGGGUCCUGCCUUGGGGACAGUGCCACUUGGCCGAGAGUGACCCACCUGGGCGGUGCUCUCGUGGGGUGCUGUGACGAGCUGCGUGAUUUUGGCGGCUUGCCCUUGCCUUUCUUGGGAAGCCCAUCCAGGUGGGUUGGGUAUGCUGGCCAGACACUCGGGGACACUCUUGGUGCCCUCACUGGGCUGGACACCCGGAUGGGAGAGAAACACAGUUUGAGUUUGUGACUUUCCGAGAUCUAGCGGGUGCUGUUCUGGGUCCCUGUUCCCUUGGAGUCAGGGGGAACCUCGAAAAAUUUCGGGUUCCACUUCUUCCUAAAGCAUCUGCUAUGAGACCUUGCCAGUGGGGAGGAGGGAUUCCUGAAAUGCAUUUUGAUAAAGUCCUAGGACCAGGGUCCCCUUCUGAGUCCUUCCCCAGCAGAUAUACUCAUUGCUCAACAGAAGUUCCAGGAGACACAUGCAAUUCACUACCCCAGCCUCUCUUGUCCUGCCAUAAGGGACAAGAUCUAAGUCAGUCAAGGCUUGGGUCCCACCACCUGCAUUGUCAUUGAGUGACAUGUCCCUUAAGUCCCACAGUGGUAAAGUGAGCCACGCCCCAGGGGGGUAAGCGAGUGCAAAGAGCUUCCCGGAAGCUUCUGGGUGCCUGAAAUGCAGUGAAACCGUGCAGUGAUCCCAGCCUUGCUCCGGCUGUGCACAUCCGAAGGAGGCCAUCUGUGGUCUGAGGUGACAGCGCUGGCCCUCCUUGGUGGCAGCACAGGCAUCAGAGCCCCUCCCCGCCCAGCCCUGGCCAGGCCGCCUUGCCCCGCCUUUGCCUGUGGAUGUCUCUGUGCGCCUGUGAGCCCUGCCGUGCUCCCCGCCCGUGCUCUGGAUGCUGCAUGAACUAUUAAAUGUGCAAUGAAGACCUUCUUCCUGA